AAAAAAUAAAACGCGUGUGAAAUUUCAACGACGUUUUCGUAGCAGUCUCGCAGUCGCCGCAGUCGUUGUGUGUGCUGAGCAGAAACAAAAAAUAAAAAAAAGAAAUACAACAAAAAUUCCCCAUAUACAAAUGUACAAAAUGCAGCCCCCCGAGACAACAAAAUGAAGAGAAUGUGCAACAUCAACAACAACAAGCUGCCACAGCAGUGUUGCAGCAGCGGCAGCGACUUUGCUGCAGGACAGGUUUCUCAUAAUAUUGUCGGCAAAAAUUUCACAAAAUACUAAAGAAAAAAAAAAACGAGAAAGAAAAAAUACAGGGUGCGUAGCGGCGGCAACAACUAUUGCAACUACAACGACAACAACAAUGCCGCAUCGCCAGCGUGCCCCAGCAACUACAACAACAAAUGUAACAGCAACAACAACUACAACCAAAGCAACACGCGAAAGCAAAGUGAAAUUCAUUACAACAAAACAAAUUCAAAACCGUAGCCGCAGAAACCGUUAUUCAACAAUUUCUUGAAAUAAGUGAAAGAAGGCAAAUACUGGUUUUUCAUAUACAUACCAUACAUGUGUAUGUAUGUUUGUAUGUACAUACAUAUGUAGUAUAUUGAAUGAAGAAAAAAGUUGCUGCGCGAGAAAUUUUUCGUACAUGUGUGUAUGUAUGUCUGUUUGUUGUGUGCAAAGUGUGUGAGAAAAAAAGUAAAGUAUAGCGGUUGCUGUCGCCGCCACCGUCGUCAUCAUCAUCGUCAUCCCAAACCAUCAAGUGAAAAGCAAUGCUAAAAGGAAUUACAACAACAACAAAAGCAACAGUGAAACGUACGCGUUGUGCUGGUUACACAAAACGUAACGUGAAAUAACAGUAAAAGUCUUGUCAAAAGUUUUAUAAAAGCCAACAACAACACACAAACACACACACACACACAAAUAGAGACAAUACAAUACAGUAAAGAGCAACAACAAAAGCAACGCGUGGGUGUCAACGUCACACGCACCAAAGUCUCGGCCAGGCAAUAGCAAUAGCAGCGCCGCAGCAGAGCAGCAACAUCAGCAUAAAUAGCAGUCGGAAAGGAGGGGGCCGGCGGCGCACUCAGCCUUACAAUUGAACAAAUUUCAAGGGCUCCCCAGCCAAGCAGCGCACGCUGCGUUUUUUAUUUAAAUUUUUGGAGCCACCAUGGAUCCGAAUCGACAUCACGAAUAUCAGACGCAUCAUCAGACACAUCAAUUGCCACAUCCGCCGCACCACCAGCAAUCACAUGCGCAUCAUCAGCAACCACUCCACCAGCCGGCUGGCAGCAGCAGCGGUGGUUACAAUGCCGCCGAGCAGGAACGCUCGCGUGCCAUAUACCUGAUGAAUACAAUUGGGCAAGCGGCAUCUGCUCUGCCACCGGCAGGUGCUGCAUUGAUUGGUGGCAGUGGAAGCGGUGGCUUGGGAGAUCCGCAUUCACAGUACUACACCUCGAAUAGAGAUUUGCCAAGCAAGAAGUCGAGUACGACGCCGGCAACGUUGCUGGUGGAACACCAACACCAACAGCAACAACAACAGCAGCAUCAGCAGCAGCAGCAACAACCACCAUCACAGAGCUGGCAGUACAAAACGCAAAACGCUAUCCCAGGACCCGCUCCACGUCACCACAGCAGUCCCAUGUAUAUACACACGACAACAAAUAAUGCCACAGGCUACUGGCCGCCAGAGGAUCAGUCCCCAGGGCAUAGGGGAGGCUACAACUACAACAGCAAGCCGGCCGGCAAUAUGUCGCUCAAUCAACCGCCUCCUUCACAUACUCAAGGGCGUCCAAGUGCAAUUAGCAGCUGCAGCAGCAGCGGUAGUAGCGGAAAUGGUAGCCAGCAGCGCUACUAUGAUGAUGUCAAAUACUCAGUACCUACAGUGGCGACCAGUGCCAAGAUGGUUAGUUAUCCGCCGGCACAGCAGCCGCCACGCAUGUCGAUGAACUAUGACCUCGAUCAUGUGAUUAAUCCGAGCAAUGCGCUUAUGGCGCCGGGCGAACAGCAACCCAGUCCCAACUACGGACGCAAAUGUCCACAGCAUUAUGAGCCGCCCGAACGCAGAGCUGCCGCUGCAGCCGCACCACCGCCAGCUGCGCCGCCUGCGCCACCACCCCCCACGUCUACGACUACGCAUCACCAGAGUCUGUAUAUGCCAAUGCCACAGUUUAGUACGGAAAAGUUUCAGACCACCGUGCACAAUGCCAUUGAGAAAUAUGUGCGUGAGACGCCGGCGCAAGCACCACCGCCCACCUUGGAUUAUCGACGAUCCCUGCAGGCCAGUCACCCCCCAGCGAACUACGGCGGACGCAGCAGCAGUAACAGCAGCAGUAGUAGCUAUUACGGGCAGCAGACGCAGUUGAAGUCCGUCGCAGUUAGCCCAGCACAUUAUGCGCAUUACGGUGGUACGCCCAGCGCUCCCACUGCAUCCACGGGCAGCAAGCAAGCGCCACCAACUGCCAGCUACGUGAAGAUGGAACCGGAACAUGCGCUACCGGCGGUACUCAGCGUUCCACAAACGGCGCGCGCCUCGCUCUAUCACAAUCCCUACAAUGCAUCGCCCCAUUCGGACAGUGCAUGUUGCAAGGAGCAACGUGUGAGCUCGCCCGCUGCACCACAUGGCUACCCCACCAAAUAUGGGAAGCUGUUGCAGCAGCAUGGCACGCCCACGCCUCCACCGCCAGCACCGCCCACGCAGCCAACACGACUGCCGGCCAGUUCCUCCUCUUCUGCAUACUACUAUCAUGGUUCGCCCUCCCCAGCGGCAGCCACAGUAGCCUCGCCUACGCCUGCAACGCUAUACUCGCACACGCCACCACCAACGGCACCCAGCACGGCCAACUACUCCACAUUGCAGGUGUAUCCACAUGGUCCGGACAUUUGCUGUCAGCCGAAAGCUCCACCCUCGUCCACUAAGCAACGGCCCAUGGGAUUGCCGCCCGCAGUAGCGCCCGCAAUAACAGUCGGAGCAAAGAAAACCACACCGGCACCCAAGCCCAACUAUCGUGCCCUCAUCAAUGACAUGCUUAAACGGAAUACGGCCAGCGAAGAGGAGAUGAAUUUGCAGAUCAUUAAGAAAACGCUCAACAUGGAGACGCCUUGCCGACCACUAGUGGCGCCCAUGCCAGCACCCUUGCCCGCCCCCGUCAUACAGGCGCCACAAUCAUCGGCACACUCACCACUGGAUCUCUCCAUGCGGACGGUCAAGCAGACUGCCGAUUCCACGGACUACAAAUACCAGCGACCUCUGACGGAAUACAAACCGUUAGUGGGUAGCAGCAGCAGCAGCAGUGGUGGUGGUGGUGGUGGUGGUGCAACUGGCAUAAUUGGUGGCACUGGACUGCCACGUUUUGACAUCACGCCGAAUUUCUCAGCAGCUACACGCGGUACCCCACCACUUUCGGGACAACCGACACCGCUUGCAAAUCCCACAGCAGUUAUACGCACGGCCCCCAGCAGUAGCUACAGCGCUCAGCAGCAUACGCAUUCUCAUGUGCCGAUACCGCCGGCUGCUGCACCCGCCCUGGUCAUAAAAUCGGUGCAACAGCUUCGACCCAGUGUGGUUGAAACGAAUCCGUAUGCAAAGCGACAAUUACUGGCAUGCGAGCAGCUUCCACCGGAAACGAGCAUCAUGGCUUUGCCUAAAGCCUUACCGUCAACGACAACGCCCACACCUCCCGCCACGCCUAGCCCGCACCAUCCGAGCAGCAAUCCCAACUACUUGGGACGCAAACGCCAUCUGGCAGAGUAUAAUCAGGCAACUGCUGCUGCGGCCAAGCAAACACGCUGUGAAGCGCCACCACCGACGUCCACAUCCACAGUGGUGCGUGCCGCCGAAAUUCCGGUCAUUGCCUUCAACGAACAAGCGUUGGCCUCCAAGCUGCAGCUGCAGACGCCUCAUGGAGCUUCCCUUGGAGGUGGCAUUAUUGUGACGCCACCGCUUAGCUGUAAACAGGAGCCGCUUACACCAACUACACCCACACCGACGUCGACGCCGCUGCCGGUAUCAACAUCCAUGUUGCGUGUGGUGGAAACGACGCCAAUUGUUGUCCCCAAGACUGAGCAACGCAUACGCACCAAGGCCGAAUUAAAGGGUUUCACAUUUACCCCGCCCGUACUGGCCGCAGCAAGCUCAACCACACCAAGCAUCCCUAUCGGCCCAGCCACCACCGCAAAUCAACUGACCAAUAACAUACAAAUUAAGCUAGAGCCAGCGCCCCCACUGCCAUCUACUCUGCCAAAUGCACUUUCAACCACUAGUCUGACGCCUCCUUGUGUGGAUCUUGGCCUGGAAGAUGUGUCGCCCUUCAACAGCAACCUGCUGGACUGGGGCAAUGCCUGCAACAAUCUUGUCGAGCAGCUGCUGACCAAAGUGGUGCUGCCAAAGCAUUCCAGCCCUGCUUCAGCGGCCGCCCCAUUAUCGCCGACUCCAAUAAGCAUCAAGUUGGAGUUGAGCGAGGAUGAUUUGCCUGUGGCGCGCAUAUUGAAGUGCAAACCGCUGGCGUUUGAUGUGGAGUCGCCGGCCACAAGUAAUUCAUUUACACUAGCUGCCUCACAACUAACCACAGCAACAACAACAACCAAUACAAAUGGCUUGCUCAUGGGCGGUACGCAAAAGAAGCUGAGCAAGACGGAGCGUGAGAAGAAGCGUCUGCAGCAGGAGCAACGGAUUGCAGCACGUCUGGCGCCAUCAGCGGGACAAGGUAGCAGUUCCGAGAGCGACACAACGGAGCUUCACAAACGCAAGACUGAAAGGCAGAAGAAGCCGUUGCUGAUGCGCAAAGGCAAGGCGCGCCGCACGACACCAACGUCGCCAACAACGAACGAGAACACAGUACAGGAUGCGAAAGUGAAGCGUGAAGAGCAGAGCAGCGAUGAGGAGCAGGAUAACUCCAGUGAUGCCUCUGUCGGAGAUGUUAAGCCCAAAAAACGACUAGAAAAGGUAUCAACAAAGUUAAAGGACAAUGUGCAAUAUGCAAAGAUUAAGGGAAAAGCCAAGGCAAAGGAAAGUGAAGCUAGUGCGAGUGGUAGCAGCAGCAGCAGCGGAGCAGAGGAGAAGCAGCACAAGAAAGAUGGAGAAAACAAGGACAAGAAGCAGAAGCCACAGCAGGAACGUAGAGAAGGAUCCCAAGCCAAACCCAAACAGGCAACUGUCUGCAAGCAACGAAGCACCCUUAAAGCGCGUAUAGCGCUCAACACCAUGACGCGUUCCAAGCGCAAGAAGGAGCUCGAAUUGCAAUUGGCCAAUAGCAAGGUCCUCCGCAAUGACAAGAUCAUACGCAACUCUACGACGAAGAUCAAACGAAAGUAUGUUCGAAAAAUGGUUGCGGCCCAGACAGUUGCUGAUAAAAAGGAAAUUAUGUGCACGCGUCUGCGCAACAAGCGGGGGAUUGAGAAUGCCAGCGGUGUACCUACGGCCGGUGGAGUUGCCAAUGGACGUAAGACUUCCAGUAAGAUCGGUAUCAAUGCAACCGGCACCAAAAAUAGUUCGCCACAGCAACAGCUCUAUCUGGAGGAAUACCGUUAUAAGCUUGCACUCAAGAUACCCCAUCGAUUGAUCUCCAUUAACAAACUGAACAAUUCCAAUGGUGGAGGUAUUCAAAAACUGCCAGGGGUUGCCUCCUCUUUGCCCGACCUGGAGCGCAGAGACUUAAGCCAGGAGCUAGCGUGCUUCAAAAGCAAUCGCGGACGCAAGCCGCGAGCAUUGAAGCAGACAGAGACAACCACGCCCAAAUCCAUCAUAGAUGUGCUCCAUCUGCGCGUUACGAGCAAUGGCGGUACUCAGCCGCUUAAGCAAACAAUGCACUCCAGUGCGACAAUACUGACGACGUCCACAACGACCACUUCGCUGCACAACUACAGUGAGACGUCACAAACCUCCGCUUCCAAUUCGCUCUAUGAUCAACCGCAUGAGACGACUUUGCCGCCGCCCACACCAAGUGGGGCCAACACGGUUUCUUCCUCCGAUUUGGCGGGCGAUUUGAGCAAACGGCACUUCAGCAUCUUCGACACUAAGGUGCUGCAAAGCAAAACACGCACGGAAUCCAAAUUACAGCAACGUCGCGAAAUUAUACGCGAAAUAUUUGUCGGUCCCGAACGUCCCGCUUCGGCACCACCGGAAUGUGCACAGCAGGAGGGCGCACUCAGCUAUCAAAAGUACGAGGAGUUCCUUGAGCAAAUGAAUCGCAUUGUGAGCGCCAACAAUAAUAAGUUGGCCAGGCGUCAGACAACGAACAACAACAUCAACAGUGAACAGAACCACGAUGCUGAGAAGACAACGACGCCUCAUUGCCCGCACAAGCGCAAGUAUUUGCGACGCAAGGGCAGCUCCGGUUUCGAUUACAUACGGAAGAAGAAGCGGCCAAAUCCUCAUGGGCACCCAACUGGGGCGAACAACAGUAACUGCGACCAAAACAGCAGUACGGGUCUUAUCACAGGACCAGUCGCUGGAGGAGUGGGAAGUGUCGCCACUGCCCUAACUGUCGAUGAACGAUUGGAGGAUACAGACAGCACCAUUGCCGGCAGCUCACAUUUGCCGCCUAAGAUCAAAACUGAGGCGGAUGUGUAUCGCGAAAUACAGAAAUGGGUGCUCAACAAGGGUGUUGGACAGAGCACGAUGCACAAGGCGGCACGUCAGGGCUUGAUCGAUGUGGUGGUCUACUGCCUAGACCGGUUGGGCAUGAACCCCGAUCAAAAAGAUAAUGCUGGCUACACGCCACUGCAUGAGGCGUGCACCCAGGGCUGUCUCGAGAUUGCACGCGUCCUACUGCAGUUUGGAGCCAAUCACUCGGAAGCUGCACAGUCGGGCAUACGGCCCUUGCAUGGCGCCAUCGAGAAUGAUCACGAGGAGGUGGUGCGUCUGCUGCUGUCCUAUGGUGCUGAUCCGUUGCUGGCAACGUACUCAGGCCAAACUCCGCUCAUGCUAGCUUCAAGCAAAUUGAUGCGCAACAUUUUGCGUGCCCAUCUGAGCGAUGCUCAAAGUGUAGCCGCUGACAUCAAGCCAAUGAUCCUGCAGGGUCCCUGGGAAAUAUUUGAUAAAACUGAAAAUGGUUAUGAUAUAUUUGAUAAUGUACCGAAAACAGCAUGUGAUAUGAGCAGAGCUCUACGUAGAGAAAAGAAAGUGCGCAAACGCAGAUACAGCAGUAGCAGCAAGAAGGAAAUAAAUUCAACAAACUUUAAUAACAGGAAUAAUAAUGGAUUGAUAUCGGGCGGCAAUAAUGAUUGUAAAGCUGACUGCAGGGAGAUGUUAACGACGACAAUGGCAACAAUAAAACAGAAUGGGGAGACAAGUGCAACAAAGACUGCAAUAAUGGCAACAGGAACAGGAGCAGAAGCAGCAACAACGAUGAUGACGACGAUGACGAAGAAGGAGACAGAGACAAUGAUGCUGAUGGCAUCAACGGUGAAAUUAGAACAAACAGAUCAGGAUAGCAAUAAUAACAAAAACAACGAUGAGCUAAACGAUGAAACGAACGUUGUGAAUGUCAAGAAUGAAUUGAAGAAUGAAGUAAUUGAUAAUAACAAUGAGAAGCCAGCUAAUGAUAAAGAUACUGCUGAGUAUGAGAAUGAAGAUGAUGCGAUCAACACAGACGCGGACGAAUUGAACGGUGAUAUUUUUGAAUUUGAAGAGGCCGAUGUGCUUUUGCCACCACUGUACUUGCUCAAAGACGAGGGCAGUGAUAAAUGGGUACUAUUGAAUGAUUUGUGCAAUUUACUUAAAGUCAAGUCAAAGGACACGCUGCUAAAUAAGAUCUAUCCGAAUAGCAACUCGUUGGCUACCGCACAGAAGCAAUUGCUGCGAGAAUUCAAGAUGUCGGAUUUUCUCGAAAAGGCGACCUGUUUGCAGCUGCUCUGUGCUGGAGAGAAGCUAAAUAUGGGGGCCUCCAAGGUUGUGCUUAUCAAAUACAACGAGAGCGUCAGGAAUUUAUUGGGCGUUAAAACCAUUUUAAUGAAAUUUUAGAGCAAACGGCAUUACUGCAACAAGAAAUAGGACAAUGAAUGGAUUUUAGCAUUUUAGCGAUUAAAUGAGAACUAGCAUUGAUUGUAAUAACUUUCAUAUACAUAUGUUCUAUAAAUGUAUAUUUUAGCGAUAUAAUGAACUAUUAGUACGAAUAUGAAUAUGAUUGUAAAGUAAAUAUAACACUAAAUCUACAUAUACAUACAUACAUAUAUUUUAGUUAGUGUUGAGGAACGUCUUUGUCUGGAAGACAAGUCUUUUUAAUUAGAGCUAAUGCAAAGUGAUACAAAGGUGCUAUACACACACUCAAAAAUGAUGGCGAAGAAUCGGGCGUAAUCGUAAAAAAGAAAACUGAAGUAGAUCAAGCUAGUUUGGUGUUGUAGUCAAAAAGGAACAAGAGAGAGAAAACAAACAGAAUAUAGAAGGGCAGGGAUGAAAAGAGCAGGCAAGGAUUCGCCCAAAAAAAAAAA